UAAGGGAAAAGAGGGAAAAGAGAGUAGUGAAGCAGCAAUGCCGGCCGGUCACGGACUCCGAUCCCGCACCCGGGACCUCUUUGCCCGCGGCUUCAGGAAGAAAGGUUACAUCCCUCUCUCCACCUACCUCAAAACCUACCGGACCGGCCAGUACGUCGACGUCAAGGUCAACGGCGCCGUCCACAAGGGCAUGCCCCACAAGUUCUACCACGGGCGGACGGGUCGGGUCUGGAACGUCACCAAACGGGCCAUCGGCGUCGAGAUCAACAAGCAGGUCGGGAACCGGAUCAUCCGCAAGCGCAUCCAGGUGCGCGUGGAGCACGUGCAGCCGUCGAGAUGUGAGGAGGAGUUGAAGGCGAGGAAGGUGAGGAAUGAUGAGAUGAAGGCGGCGGCGAAUGCGCGUGGGGAAGUGAUCAGCACGAAGAGGCAGCCGGAGGGGCCCAAGCCGGGGUUUAUGGUUGAAGGGGCUUCUUUGGAGACUGUCACUCCUAUUCCUUAUGAUGUUGUCAAUGACCUCAAGGGAGGGUACUGAGGGUGAGUUGUGUUGGGGUUUAGGGUUUAGGGUUUAUGAAUUUCGCUAUGUUUCGUAGUCGAUUACAUUGGAGGACUAUGUUGCUUGUUUCAGUGAUUCUGUCUCUGGGUAACUAUUUUUCUUAUAAUAUUGCAAUUUUGGAGAUUGGUCUGUU